CUUUUACUGCUGCAAUUUCACAAUAUUUCACAAUAUUUCACAAUAUUUAGUAAACUUGGUUAAAGAAAUGUCACAUGUUCUGAAUUUAGCUCCAUUUAAUGGUGUUUAAUUUAGUAAAUUAAAAAAGCUCGAUGCGCAUACAGACACUGCUCACAUGUUUUCACCUGUAAGACAUGAAUGGACUGUAUUCAUAUGGUCAGGUAUUUGUACAAAUAAGCAAAACACAAUCUUAGCACAAUGGCAGCCCAACAAAAUAACUUUUUGCACUUGCUUUUAGUCUAACAUGUCAGGGUAACAAUAUUGUAGUUAUUUUUAAUUCGUUUGUGUUCAGCAAAUCAGUCGAACAAAAGCGUCACCAUCUGCUCUCUGUAGCUGUGACUGAACAUUUUGACAAGAUCGGAGAAAGACAGCUGUGCAGUGCUGUGUAGUGGCUGCAGCCAAGCCCUUCUCCGGUAGUCCUGUCAGCUGCUAGGACUUACGAAUUUUAGGACUGAUUAAAUACUGUUGGAGGAAACCUCCGGCGUCUGGAAAAAGCGAGGAUAUUUUUGUUUGUUUAUUUUACUUUGACAACAUAUAUUUUGUUCUGAAGAGAUGGGGUUGUUAAUUGAAGUCAGACUCCUGUAAAGUGAUCUGUAUAGUUUUGUCCGUGGCGCGUAUCCGUGGCGAUGGGAGACAGCAUGUCGAAGCGGCUGAAGUUGGUGACAGGACCUGAAUCGGAGAUGGAGGAGCGGUGUUUUUUGAAUCCUCAUCCAGACUGGGACCAGGGCGCUUUCACAUCCGGCACUGCUGGUUCCGAAAGCGACUGUGAGCUCUUUGAUUCCAAUGGAAAAAUCAGUGAUGGCUUCAGGAAUAAGGUUAACAAGAAGAUCGAUGACCUGCUACAGCAAAUGGAGGAGGGCCUGAAGACGGCCGACCCACACGACUUUUCUGCUUACACAGGAUGGACAGGCAUAGCCCUGCUGUACCUGCAGCUUUACCAGGUGAACAACGAGCUGACCCAUUUGCAGAGAGCCCUUGACUAUGUGAAGAGGACCAUGCGCAACCUGAAUGGCAGGAGGGUCACCUUCCUGUGCGGCGAUGCGGGUCCGCUGGCUGUGGGGGCUGUGGUCCACCAUAAACAGAAGAAUGCUGCUGAGGAAAAAGAAUGCAUUACAAAGCUACUACAACUGCACAGAACAGUGGUGAGCUCUGACUCCGAUCUCCCCGAUGAGCUGCUUUAUGGCCGAGCUGGUUACCUUUACGCACUGCUUUAUGUGAACAAAGGGAUCGGGCCUGAAACCAUACCUGAGUCCAACAUCAAAGAGGUUGUUGAUGCCAUCCUUGAAUCGGGAAAGAAGCUGUCCAAAGAAGAACGAAAAGCAGAAAGGUGUCCCCUUUUGUAUGAGUGGCAUCGUAAGCAGUAUGUGGGAGCAGCCCAUGGCCUGGCAGGGAUCUACUGCAUGCUCAUGCAGCCAAGUGCAAAGGUGAAUCAAGAUGUCCUGACAGAGCUGGUUAAACCUAGUAUUGACUAUGUACGCCACAAAAAGUUCAGAUCUGGAAACUACCCGUCAUCCCUCAGCAACGAGAUGGACCGAUUAGUACACUGGUGUCACGGGGCUCCUGGAGUGAUACACAUGCUUAUACAAGCUUACAAGGUGUUUAAAGAGGAGAAAUACCUGAAGGAUGCAGUGGAAUGCAGUGAGGUGAUCUGGCAGAGGGGAUUGCUGAGAAAAGGCUAUGGAAUCUGUCACGGGACAGCAGGAAACGGCUACGCCUUCCUGUCGAUGUACAGCCUAACUCAGGAGAAGAAGUACCUGUACAGAGCCUGCAAGUUUGCGGAGUGGUGUUUAGAUUAUGGGACCCAUGGGUGCCGUAUUCCAGAUAGACCAUAUUCUCUUUUUGAAGAAAUAUGAAAAAUAUGAAUGCAGCUGGGCUUAGCAGUCCUGACACAGUACUGGCUGAGUUGCUGCAUGAGCACACUGCACAACCCGCCAUCUGCUGUUCUCUUGGAACAACAAGAUCUGCUUUUCAUCGUCGCCUCUGAGGAGAUCCAGAGUUACCCACCCCCACCCCCUGUGCACCUGGAUUUUCUUUUCUUACACUCAUCCAGCUACAGCUCUGGCUGUUACCCAAUCUAUGGGGACUUUGUAUAGCAUCCAUGGUGCAGGGAAGCACUGCUUAAUAACCUACGUGUCGGGUGUCAGAGGUUAUCCUUAAGCGGGCUUACUUACGAAGCUGGCGCGUUCGCUGCAUGGCUGGGUAACUAUAACACUAUUUUUGCAGCUUACCAAAACUAUUUGCUAUUCAGAUCCCUCUCUCAGAACCACAGACCCACACCGCAACAGCUAGAUGAGCUCCAUCUUGUUAAUACAAACCUGCUCUGUAUCUCUAAGCUGAAUGGACAGGCUGUGGGCAGGAAUCUUGCAGCGCUGGUAGCUGCAAGACGACAGCUAUGGCUUUCCCAAUGUAGAUGAGAUGCUACAACGCAGUCAGUUUCCCAAGUGGCAACCCCCAGUGCACAAACCAGUGACAAGCUGGCGACCAAGGCCCCAGCAAUCUCAUAGAUUGGCACAGCUGGCUGCUACGGCCAAAACGGGUUUUCAUAGCUGCGCAACGGGGGAACUUUAACAAGUUUCGCCAUCAGGCGCACAGGAAAAAGCCUCAGGCUAAGCCGAAAGCCAAGCACCAGCCCUAGCAAUUUGCUGCCACAAGCCUAGGGGCCCUUUUAAGGGAGUCGUCUGGAGUAUUGGUGUCAAUGCACCACAGAUAACUGGGUGCACACUACUGUAGAGACUGGCUAUUCUCAACAAUUCAAACAUGGUCCCCCUUCCUUACAGGGCGUGACUGCUAUGUUAGUCAUGGACCCACGAGACACCAUGGUGUUGUCCCAUGAGGUGAUAGCUCUGCUACAAAAGCGGGCUAUUUGCACGGUACACCCUCUUCACCUGGAAAAGGGGUUCUGAUCCAGGUACUUCCUGGUGCCCAAGCAGGAUGGUGGCGUCAGACCAAUCCUUGACCUCAGACAUGUCAACCUGUAUCUGAAUCGACGGAGGUUCAAGAUGUUGACCAUGCAACCACUGUUACAGUCAAUAAGGCCAGGUGACUGAUUCACCACGGUAGAUUGGAAAGACACUUAUUUUCAUAGCCCUAUAAGACCAGGGCACAGGAGAUAUCUGCAGUUCACAUUACAUGGGACACCAUACAAAUUUCUGGUACUGCCAUUUGGCCUCUUUCUAGCUUCCCGUGCCUUUUCAAAGUGCAUGGAGGCUAUUCUUGCCCCAUUGAGACUCAGAGGCAUCAGAAUACUCAAUUACCUGGCUCAUUUGUGCUCAGUCUCCAGUGCAGGCAGAGACCCACACGGAACUUGUCAGUGACCACCUUCAUUGGUUGGGCAUGUUGGUGAAUCGUGCAAAGUGCCAGCUCACACCCUCGCAGACAGCCUCCCAUUUGGGAGUCCAUCUGGACUCCAAGUCCAUGCUGUCAACUAUGUCAGACGAAGGUGCAGAGAAUAAUCGCUUGUCUGAAGCUUUUUCAGCUCAACAGAAAGCUCACAGUAGUGAUGUUCCAGAGACUUCUGGGCUUGAUGGCAGCAGCUUCCCAGACCCUUCCUUUUGCAUAUGCGCCCUCUCCAAGUCUGGUUCAAUAGCAGAGUUUUUCAGCCCGAAUUAAACCGUUGCUGCCUGCUGACAGUGUUUUGGAGCUGCAGGCAGUGUUUCUGGCCUUGCAGGAUUUUUUUACAGGAUGUCCAAGGGAGACACAUGCUUGUCUGUAUGGGCAACACUACUGCGGUGGCUUAUAUAAACCACUAGGGGGGCCUCAGGUCUCCCAGUCUCCAUUGAUUAGCCCGCGAGCUGUUACUUUGGGCUUAUGAUCACCUCCUCUCACUUCAAGCAGUACAUUUGCCUGGGGUGAAAAACUGGGCGGCGGCCACCUCUCAAGGGGGGUCCCCAGUGCCUCAGAAUGGAGGCUUUAUCCAGUGGUGGUGAGCCUCAUUUAGCAAUAAUAAAGAGAGCACAGAUAGACUUCUUUGCUCCCAGGAAUAGACCAAUUGUCCCCUUUGGUUCUCCACUGGGGAGGCAUUGUGACAUCCCAAACCAUCGAGCCAGUGGCUCUGGGUCUGUCCUCUAAACGUCAACAUUUGAGCCAUCUGGGGUUAUCUAAUAGAGUCAUUGACACCCUGCAGAAUACCAGAGCAGCAUCCACGAAAUCCCACAAGUGGGUACAAGUGGAGCAUUUUUCAGACGUAGAGCCUGUGUAAGGGUUUUGACUCCACAACCUGUCCCAUGGCAGUUAUACCGCAAUUUUUACAGGACCUAUUUGAU